AUGUUGGCAAAACAUUUACACAACAUCUACGACAUUUUAUUCUGCGAUUCCGGGGCGGCCAUCAACGCCUUCUUUCACGCCAUCUACCGGAAGCAGAAGAUGACUAUGCUCCUCGGCACCUCCUCCUCGGAGGUCACCGAACGCCUCGCCAAGGUGGUUAGCCACUGGGGAAUACUGCAGAUUUCCUUCGGAAGUCUGAGCUCGGUGCUCAGUGAUCGGGUGGGAUUCCCGCUGUUCUACCGAACCGUGGCUCCGGACUCGUCCCACAAUGCGGCCAGGGUCGCCCUCCUUCGCCACUUUCACUGGGACACGGUGGCAACCCUGCACGAAGACGACGAACUCUACGCACUGGCCAUCAACGAACUGCUGACUCAGCUGGAUAUCGCCCAGAUCAGCGUGUCGGCGUCGGAGAGCGUCACCCGAAACGAUUUCCUCGAUCAAAUACACGAGCUCAAGGUGUACAGGCAAGGCAUGUACGGUGCCGACUUCCAGUGGAUCAUCCAGGGCGGCCUGGGCCCCUGGUGGCUGGACGCGAGCGACACCGACUGCAGCACCGAACAGCUCCAGGCGGCCGCUAGGUCCCUCAUCACGGUGUCGGCGUACACGGGCCGACUGCCGGACCACACCAGCGUGUCCGGACUCAGAAUGGACGACUUCCGAAAGGAGCUGACCGCCGAGCUGGAAGCCCAGACGCCCGGGUCUUCGGCUACCUACGGAGGUCACGUGACGGAGGCCUACGAUGCCGUCUGGACGGUGGCGCUGGCGCUGCGGGCGGCCGACCAACUCUGGAAGAAGGAGAACCAAAGGCGUUCUGCGAAUGACGAAACUAAGUAUGAUGCAGCAUCACGCUUAGUGCCACAUAUCAGAUUGCUUAUUUUUGUUGAUGUUGCUGGGCCUCUGUCGUUCUUCGGCAGCGACCGCGUCGGCAUCACCGAAUUCCAACAAAAUCAAGGCGGGGUAUUGCGGAAGGUGGCCCUCUACAUUCCAGACUCGGGAACGUUGAACAUAAACUGCUUCCGAUGCUAUCCCAUUGAGUGGCAAGACGGAGAGCCCCCCGUGGCUCGACGUAUUGUCAAGCUGAGCGUGGCGACGAUCCAGCGAAGUGUCUUCGUUUCCGUGUCUGUGCUGGCCGUCUUCGGAAUGGUCUUGGCCGUCGUCUUUCUGGCCUUCAACCUCUUCUACCGCAAACGCAAGUACAUCAAGCUGUCCAGUCCGCAGCUGAACAACAUGACGGUGGUGGGGUGCCUGCUGGUGUACCUGGCCAUCGUCCUUCUGGGGCUUGACCACGAGACGCUGGGCAGCGACACGCACUUCGCCGUCUUCUGCACGGUUCGGGCCUUCCUCCUCUCUGGAGGGUUCUCGCUUGCCUUCGGGGCCAUUUUUAUCAAGACCUACCGGGUGCAUCACAUCUUCAUCCGGGCUUCCAGUGGCAUCAUCAAGAACAAGCUUCUGCAAGAUCAGCAGCUGAUCGCGCUGGUCUGUCUGCUCGUCGUCAUCGACUGCGCCAUCGUCACCCUCUGGGUCAUCUUCGACCCGAUGGAACGGACGCUGAGGAACCUGACUAUGCAGAUCUCCAAGGCGGAGCGGGACGUGGUGUACCUUCCCCAGCGGGAGCAAUGCUACUCUGAGCACAUGGUCAAGUGGCUGGGCGCCCUGUACAUCUACAAAGGCCUGCUGCUCGUGGUCGGCUGCUACAUGGCCUGGGAGACGCGCAACGUCCAGAUCCCGGCCCUGAACGACUCGCAGUACAUCGGCCUGAGCGUGUACAACGCCGUGAUCACGUCGGCGCUUGUCGUGGCGCUGGCCAACGUCAUCUCGGCGGAGCGCUACACGCUCACCUUCGCGCUCGUGGGCACGCUCAUCUUCGUCUCGACCACCACCACCCUGUGCCUGCUCUUCUUGCCCAAGAUCCACGCCAUCAUGAACAACGCGGACGCAGACGCUGUGGUGGCGUCUUCCGGCGUUCGGGUGGAGUUCAACACCAGGAGGUUCGCCAUCGACGAAAGGCGGGAGCUCUUCUACCGUACGGAGGUCCAGAGCAGGGCGUACGCUAGAGAAGUGAACGAGCUGGAUCUCGAGAUCGCACGUCUGAAGAAGCUCUUGGGAGAACCAACUUCCACAGAAGCAUCGUCUGAUGCCAACUCGGCCAAGUCGGAAAGCCCCCUGUCCUCCCUUCUGGAGCGUUUCAAGCGCAAGCGGGCAUCCCUGGAGUCGGAGGGCAUCUCAGCCAUCACCACAGCGGGUGCCACCACGGCAUUUUCUUCUCCCGGACCCCCUCCCCACCGAUUCCGAAACCCCUACUCCCCACACCCCGCAAAGAUCCACUCCGUCAUCCACGCGGGCAUUCCAGAAUCCCCGCUGUCCAUUCCAAGCACCAGGACCCUCCUCCAACUCCGCGCAGAAGACCUGCUUCCAAAGCGACCAGAGGGAAGGUCUCCACGAGGCUUGCCGCGACUCAGGAGCAGCCUUCCGGCCAUCGCAGCGCUGGAUAACGCGAGCGGUCCGGAUGACCCAUUGUCAAGGAUGGCCAUGGGCCAUGCCGGCUCCUUCCCGGCUCUCAGGUCAUCCCCAAGCUCCGAGGGCAUCGAGGACAACGACGAAGAGGACGGCGGUCGCGACUCGGUGUACCAGUCGGUCGAGGUGGUCGCGAACGGCGGAAGCACCACGGACGAGUACCGCACAGUGUCGUCAGACGACGACACAUACGUGAGUUGCCGGACUUUUAAUCGUGGUUCGUCGUCGACUCUCGCCAACUGGUCCCCGGCGUGCUUCGAGCCUGCCGUAGCCGGCGAGCUCGGAGUCCUGGAGGAGAUGAACGACGACGACUCGUCGGUGGCCACCACGCCGGUGUCUCGGAACAAUCCUUCCAGGGACAAUGCGUCGAGGGAAGAGACGUCCCGGGAGGCAUUUGAGGAGGAUGAGGCACAUGGUGUCUCCAGGGAGAUACUGCGGGCCCAGCGCGAACAUUUUUUAAGACAACUAGAAGCGGCAGAGUCCGUGGACGUCUGACGACUUGCUGUGGGCUCGCGGCCCGUUACCUGGUGUUUGAGAGAACGCUUUGGUAAUAUCUGCAGGGUGUUUAGAGGUCCCAUGUAUUACGAGAAUGCUGCAUUCAUGGUUACCCUUUUGUUACCCGUAUGAGCUAUGCUUUGCUAACUAUUGGCUAGCGUACAUGCUGACCCCACUGUGUUUAUGGCUGUUGAUCAUUAGAAUUGAAGCACACCAAAUAGUGCGAUCAUUUAAUUGUUAUUGUAUAGAUAUAUACAUAUAUUGGGCAAGGCUCAUGUGGUUCUAUAGAGCGGACAGUUCGUUUAGAACGGAACAGGCCCUAUGGCAUUAAUUGUGAAGCGUGAAAAAAUAGAGAGGAACCGAACGCAAGAAGCAGGGUGAUAGAUGUAAAAUAGGCAACACUGACAUGGGGUCAUCGAAUACAUCACUGUCGAUGUUUUAAAGAGCUUUCACCGGGAAUGAAUUUGAUGUACAUUCCAUCGCAGGUUUCGUAAACAACGUCGUAGGGAUGCUCCAGCAGUCUUUGUGCUCUAAUUGCUUGGAGCUUCGGAGUGUUAGGAAUGACUUGGCUGUCGCUGUUUAUAUAAUACUAGUACAAUCCUAGACCAACCUAAUGGUUCCUAAGCCCCUGUUGUCCAUGACUGCCCAUACAAAAUGAAUUCAGACCUAAGAUGCUCGUCUUCAUUACGUAGGAUUAUAGGCAAAAUAAUUGUUGGAUGUUUGAGCAUCACAAGAAAUAUUUAAAUUUUAAACCGCGCAGCAAUUUAUCAACAAAGUGUAUAAUGGAAAUGUCACAUCCUCACAUUUACAGCUUUGAAACAGAGCUUAAUGACAUCAUUUGCUAAAUGAG